GUGCUGCCGCUUCCCAUUCCUGACGCUCCUGGGUUUAUGAGGUGCCGUGCAGAGUGGCUGGACCAUGGUACGGUCCCCGAGACUGGCCUGGAUGCUGCAAUCGCUGAGGGCUGGGCAGUGCUGGUCGUGCACUCCCUGAGCCACCAAUAUGCUGGACAUGCUAAGGGCAGCCUGGUCCCCACUGGUCCUCUUACGGCUGCGCAGGAGAGCUCGGUGCGCGUCAUUCGCAAGGCUGCCAAGUACUUCGGCUCAGACUCUGCGAAAGACUUCCAGGUUUCUGACUGGCAUGAGGUCGCUGCUGCACGUGAUGCCACGUACGGAGGCGAGGAGGUGUCGCGGGCCCUGCCGCUCACGCUGGGAGGUGUCAUGCCAGGCCUUCCGCCGAGAGGCGUUGCUGCUUCAGUGCGUGCGCUGGACAUCGCCGACGAGCGUGUGGCUGGGUGGCUGGCAGAUCCCACGUUGGCACUGCUGCCCAAGGCCGACUCGAAGGCAGAGUGGCAUUGCAUUGGCGCCAAGCUGGUGGAGUUAGGCCUCGCGGUGCCCAUCGCCGAUGACCGGAUCUUCAAGGUGGGCAACAGGAAGGUGCUAGCAGGUGCUUUCGGGGUCGCCAAGGGAGGAACUCCCACUCCUGGUCAUGAUGUGGCGCAGCGGCCCAUCAUCAACAUGGUCCCCGCAAACAGCUGCCAGCGGACGAUGCGGGAUGACAUUGGGACCCUCAGCGCCUCGCCGUCGUGGGUCUCGAUUCCACUUCCUGAGGGACAUGUGCUGCUGUGGUCAUCCGACGAUCAGUCGUCAGCAUUCUACUGCUACGAGUUGUCCGAGGCGUGGCAGCCCUACAUGACCUUAGCUGAGGCGAUCCCCAACGAGCUCAUCGGGGUCAACGGGGCAGUGCAGACGCACAUCGCUUUGCGUGUCAUCCCGAUGGGCUGGAUCAAUGCUGUCACAGUCUUCCAGCACUGCCAUCGGCGUCUCGGCUUUGGGCUGAAGCCACUUGCUGCAGGGUUACCGCCCCAAGCUGAGUGGAGGAAGGACCGCCCGUUGCCCCUGAGAGCGAAGGAGCUGGAGCAAGCCUGGGUGCAGUAUUACAUCGACGACUGGGACCACUGGGAGAUCGUCCAGAGUAGCCGCCUGGAGGAGCUGGCCGGCACGCUUAGCGAGUUCCAGGCUGAGCAGCGAGCCGCCUACCAGAGGAGCGGCAUCCAAGCUGCUGAAGGCAAGGCCAAGCACCGCGAGCUCGUCCUGGAGCGCAUGGGUGCUGGGCUUGACGGCAUGGUCGGCCGAGUCGGAGUCACAGUUGAGAAGCAGCUCCUGCUCUUGGCGCUCGUGAUGUGGGUGAUGGGCCAGCCUCAGGUCACGGUCAAGGCGAUGCUUGUGGUGCUGGGCCGCUGUGUGCGCGUGGCGGAGUUCCGCUGGCCGUUCAUGGGGUUCCUGAACGAGUCCUGGGCGGCUGGGCAGUGGCGGUAUCCGCAAGCUGUGCCCUCUGUCAUGUGCGGCGAGCUCCUGGUCUUCUGCGUGGCCCUCCCCCUGGCUUUCACCGACUUGCGGGCCAAGAUCGACGCGGGGGUGAUAGCGACGGAUGCGAGCGAGCAGGCGGGCGGCAUCUGCUAUUCCGCUGGCCUCACCGCUCGGGGAGCGCAGGCCGCCACAGGCGAAGGAGGACUGUGCGAGGAAGCCGUGCACGCCACCUUCGCGGCGCCUCAGAUGAUACGAUGGCGGCCGCGCGUCAUCUUAGUGGAGUUGUUCGCCGGGGCUGCUGCCGCUGCCGUGGCCGCGCGUCGCCUGCCCAUGAGCGUGGCCGCCCACCUCUGCUCGGAGGUAGAGCCGGCAGCGCGACGGCUGGUGCGGCGGCGGUGGCCGGGUGUCAUUGAGCUGGGCAACAUCGAGGCCUUGGACCUUGAGCGCUUCACCCGCAUGCUGGAGGGGUUCAGGCGCGACGCCGACUGGGUCAUCAUUACUGCAGGGAGUCCGCGCCAGGAUCUCUCUACCCUCAACGCGGUGGGCAAGGGCCUGGAAGGGGACAGGGGCAAGUUAUUCUGGAUGGUCCCUGCCCUCAUCGAAGCCUCCAAACGCGCGUUCGGCACGCGCGUCGAUUGGUUCGUCGAGAACGUGUUCAGCAUGGGCGCCGAGGCGAGGGGCCAGUUCUCGCAGGCGCUGGGCGUCGCGCCGUUGCUGUUAGAGGCGGAGGACUUCACCAGGGUGCGCAGGCCCCGUCUUUUCUGGUGCCCCUGGCCCGCCUGCAGUCACCUUCCGCACGGCACGAGCAUCGAGGUGAAGAGCGAGGGCAUCGGUCAGUAUAACAAGGUUGAGGUCAGCGUGGAGCGCGCCGCUGCUGACCUUUGGCCACUGCCAGGUUGGAGGCUGGACGACCCUGAGGUGGACCUUCCUUGCUUCACCAGGCCAGUUCCAUGGCGACACCCGCCGCUGAGGCCUGUCGGCCUGGAGCGUGCCAGUCCCACUGCGCUGGCGCGCUGGGCCGCAGAUCAGCACCGCUAUCAAGUCAGCAAUUAUGAGGAUGCCGUGCUGCUGUGGAGCGCCGAUCGAGCGCAAGGUAGGCUCCCUGUCGCUGAGGAGCGGGGUGUUCUCAUGGGGUUUGAUAAGCGGUACUUUGAAGCAGCCGUCAAGGACAGCACUCCUGGCUACAGGCACGCCACCGCUGAGCGGGGGCUCAUCGUCGACUUCUUGCGCAUGGCCGAUCGGGGUGGCACGGACGUCAGACUUGACUGUGGUGCCCCGUGCCGAGCUCGGGCGUGGCCAUGGUCGGCCCUUCGGACGUCGCUGUGGGCUUGGCGCGUUGCCAAGAGUUUCAGGUGGCAGCGACCAGCUCACAUCUCCGAGAAGUGGCGCUGCAGAGACGUGGCGACGCACGGCUGCCGCUACCUGCAUCUUCUCGAUGCCGAAACGGUGGCAGCAGUCUGCACGAAGUGCAGGUCAAGCGCCUGGCGACUCCAGCCAGGGAUUAGGCGCCUCAAUGCGCUCACGCUCGCGACCAACUGCUACCCGAUGUACAGCUACUGCGACACGGACGACAUGCCCGCGGACGCCCCCUCCGGGUGGACAGGGGCGCGCAGCGGCCAAGAGCUGGCGGUCACGCCUCUCACGCGGAAGCGCUACCAGGGGGCGGUUGACAGCGUCUUUGACUGGUUGGUCGAGCAGAAGCGUGAGGUCAAAUUUGCAGUGCAAGCGGACAUGGGCCUGGUUGACUACAUUGAAGGGCGCCGUGCCGCAGGCGGGUCCCUGCUCGACGUCAACUGCGCCAUCGCAGGUAUGUGCCACCACUUCCCCCCGCUCCGCGGUCGACUCCGAGAGAGUUGGCGCCUGGCUCGCACGUGGCAGCGUGCUGAGCCGGCAGGGCGUGCGCUUCCAAUCGCACCGCUCAUCGCACUUGCGUUCUCCGGCGGCUUUCUCACGGCUGGAUUCCCAGCCGCCGCCGCCAUCCUGCUGGCAGCCUAUGACACGUACCUCAGGACGGGGCACGACAUCAUUAUGUAUGAGAAUUCAGCGGGAGAGUUCGUCAUGUUGCGCUCGCAGACGGCAAUGGCGCUGCUGCUGAAGGCACGCGAGCUGGCAGGGACUGCCAGCCGGUGCGAGCAGCCAGCCAUUGGCAUGCCGCCCGCGGCCUUCCAGCGAGUGUUCGCGGACAUCCGCUCGUGCCUCCAGCUGGAGGACCAGAGGCUCACCCUCUACAGCUGGAGGCGAGGAGGUGCCAGCGCCGACUUCCGCUCGCACGGGUCCAUGGAGACCACGCUGCUCCGAGGGCGUUGGGCCAGUGUGCGGACGGCGCGCCUGUGCGUCCAGGACGCCGUCGCCGAGGCGACGACGAUCGCGCUGCUGCCAGACCAGCGCGCCGUUUGCCUACACCUGGCAAGCCGAGUGAGGUAA